AUGGAUCGGUUCGGGUCCUACUUCACUGGCAGUGGUGGAGAUCGGCCAGCUUUCUCAUACGGUACCGAUUCCAGUUCGUCCUCGCAGUCCUACGUGCGUCCGUUCGACACAAUAAGAGCCCUACACGAAACGAUCGUAUCGCUGCGAACCGCUCUGGAAGAAAGUCGUCAGGACAACGACCGGCUGCGGAAGCAAAUCAGUGUCCGAAACGUUGUAGACGAAGGAAAAACUUAUCUCCAGCAACAGAAGCAAGAGCAGGAGCCGCCAGCGGAUUCAGCUGUGAAAACGCCUACAACGGACGCAACAGAGGAGAAAAUUGCACCGGAAAAGAAACCAAAGAAACUGAAAAAGAAGCUUAGAGUAAGAAUACCAGAAGACGAAACCGAAGAAGAGACUAAAACAACAACAACCACCACAACCACAACAGCAAAGGAUGCUAAGCAUCAAAAAUUUUCCGUAACACCGGAUAUUCACAUAGUGUCGCAUCCAGCUUCCAGUCACUCUACGAUGGCCUCCCGAAUCGAUGUUAAAAUAAAGGUUUCCUCCAACAUCAAUGUAGAUGGAAGCAGCUCUGAAGCAGACAGCUCGGAACCUACCAAACCAGAUACGGAAGCGAAAGAACGAGAAACUUCCGAAACUCCUGAAGAUGAAGAUAAAACACUUGCCGAAGAGCAGGAAGAAUCAACGGGAAACACUACAGUGCGAGAGGAAUUCAUCAAAGGAGAUGCUUCCAACUUAAAGAUAAACCUCACAAACGAGGAAAACCUUAGCGUGACAAAGUCCACCGAGGGUAUCAAUAUCAAACAGCAGUCGUCGGAGAACCUCCAUGUGGACGUGGAUCAGCAAAGUAACGCGUCCAUUUCCGAAGGCGACAAUUCGGUCUUUACCGAAGAUGUUGUAACCCCGGUGGAGCCGGAUCCGGCAGGAGCCGCCGGUUACACGGAACCCCAACCGAGGACGUCGGUGAAGAAAAGUGAGUCCGAGAAUCAGGAAGAAGUGGACGACAUAGAGCUAAUCUUCUCUUCCGACGACAACAAAGACAUCAUCCAGGAGGAUUUGGUUUCGAUUUCCGACUACGAACCGUGGCAGGAAACGGGACAAUCCGGUACGCCGGUUCUUGUUAAAUUCAGAAACCUUUCGUCGGAUCAAGAGUCGCUCAAGAAGGAUUCGGUUGAACGAAGCGAUAGUGACACGAUUGAGGGCGGAGGGUCCAGUAGGGAUUUGCCGAAAGAAAAGAGCUUAGAAAGUCAGGAUUCUCUGGGUGCGGAUAAUGUUAAAAAGAGUUUAGAUUUCAGUACAAAGUCAUCCAGUUUGGAGAAGGACUCUAGCCUGGAUUACGGGGCAGGGGAAGUGAAACGGGACGAUAGUUUCGACGUUGGUGCUAUCAGUGGAACGAAUACCUUAGGGAAACGAUGGACGAAUUAUAAUGUGCUCAUUGAAACGGACAUUUCAAAGUGUGGAAUCGCUGAGGACAACAUAUUGGAUAUGGGCAGGAGAAACACCUGCCCGAAUCCUCCCGCUUAUAGACCUAUCAUUCACACGCGGACUCCAGCGGCUGCUUCAAACCGAAGUCCACUGGCGGUGAAGUUCUCCAGGAGUCCUCGAACCUACUCUCCGCAUCAGUAUCUACCACCGGGGAAAACUCUCCGAACGGUUACCGCAGCGGACUGCGUCGGUCGUUCCGACGAAGCCAAACGGUCGCGGGCGGCUCAAACGGACAUCACAGCCCUCUCCCAACAGUGGCGCUCGGAGACACAUCUGUCGGAGUCGGAAAUAGGCUCCGGAUUGUACACCCUGCCGUCAAAGUUCGUCCCGCCUCCGGCGAUAGGCACACGCAAAUAUGUACUGCGACCAUCCGACAAAACUCAAGAAGCCCGCCGAGUGCUGUUGAGCGAUAUCAAUUUCACCAGCAUGGUACCGGAGCUGUCACGCUCGGCCGACCACCUUUGCCAGCAGGAGGAGGAGAACAACGAAAACCGGUCGCCCAACUACUGCAAGGGCAACCUGCUCAAGACGCCGGAGACCGGCAAGGGCAUCCCUCCCAGCUUCAGCAUGACUUCGCCGGGCGUCUCGCAGUGGACAGUCAACGAAAGCAGCAUCGCCACACAAACCACCCAAACGGACGCCUAUUGGGCCGACCGAGGUGAUUCGUUCGAUUCCUCCAAAAGUUACUCGCUCGGAUCCCGCUACUCCACGCUGAGCAAACACCACCGCUCCCGAAGUGUUCCAUCGAUACGGUGUGCCAUCUGCAGGCAGGGUCACCAUUCGAUAGCGCUGCGCCCGUCCGAAAGUAUGCACUACACGCCCCGCGUUAGCUUCCAGGAGCCAUCGCACAAAAUCCGAGGAUCGCUGCCGGAUCUACGGCAUGAUUGCAAUUGUCCCAGGCGGUAUGGAGGACCGUCGCUGUACCGGAUUCACGGUGAUUCCGGGGGAUCGACGGAUAGUUUACUGGAAGAGGCGGAGGAUUUUUUGCGAAGAUCUGUUGAGGGAAAUAUCAUGCAUGAAGAUCCCGAAAGUCACUGUGAGCCUCCACUACCAUUGACCCCAGUUCCACAUGUUGUCGCGACGACUAAGCACCGAAGGUGCUCCGAAAAUGAUAUCCAAAGAGAUUACAUUCCUUCGAAACACGCACUGCCAUUCUUGCCAAAAACUGCCAAGUGUCUCAAGCCGGGACACCUGGCUAAGGUGAUUGCUCGCAAUGGUCGAGUGGUGGUCGGACGAGUACGUUACAUUGGCCCGCUGGCGGGCUGCCCAGGAGGUGAUGUUGACGAAAAAUACGUAGGCCUACAACUACCUAACAAUCUAGGCGAUUGUGAUGGAUCGAUUGACGGAAGGAAAUUUUUCGAUUGCGAACCACUGCAUGGCAUCUUUGUACCGUUUAAGAAGGUCGUCAUGGCAUGGAAUUCCUAAGUGUUGCCAGCAG